AUGGUGAAACUAGAACCUUUCGAAGUCGACCAUUGGAUUCUGACUCGGGACACAGGUCCCAAGUAUAACUUGGCACAUUCAUACUCUCUCCCUGUCACAAUCAAUGAUCUCAAAUCGCUGUCCGAGAAUACAGCAACAGACUAUGAUAUUCUCGCCUCAGUUCGAUCCACACCGAUGAACUACGGCCCUUCCUUCACUGGAUUGGAGCAGCUACGGGAAAACAUUGCCAACCUAUACUCAGACGAUUCUUUAGUACCGAUAUCAUCUGACAAGAUCCUGACGACUCCUGGCGCAUCACUGGCGAACUUUAUUGUGCUCUUUGCAUUAAUUGGCCCUAGCGAUCAUGUUAUCGUCCAGUAUCCCACCUACCAACAACUAUACUCCCUCCCAGCUUCCCUUGGCGCGCAAGUAAGUCUAUGGAAGGCAAAGGAAAACGACAAUUGGAACCUCGAUAUCGAGGAAUUAGAACGCCUCAUCCAGCCAAACACAAAAAUGAUCGUGCUGAACAACCCACAAAAUCCUACCGGCGCAAUCAUCCCCAGAUCGAGCCUCGAAGAAAUCAUCCGAAUCGCCAAAAACCACGCUAUAACAGUCUUCAGUGACGAGGUAUAUCGUCCCAGCUUCCACUCCAUCUCUCCGGGAGACCCGGACUACCCGCCCUCAGCCCUUUCCUUUGGUUACGAAAACACAGUCGUUACCAGCUCCCUAUCAAAAGCCUACGCCCUCGCUGGAAUCCGAAUAGGAUGGAUUGCAUCCCACAGUAAACCCAUCCUCGACUUCUGUAUCAAUGCUCGCUCUUACGCCCUCAUAACAGCCAGCCAAGUAGAUGAACAGAUCGCAUCGUUCGCACUGAGCCCCUCCUGCGUCCACAAUCUGGUGAAACGUAACACAGUGCUAGCAAAGAAUAACCUUGGCAUUGUUCAAUCAUUCAUCGAUGAAUUUUCGUCGCGCUGUCAAUGGGUGAAACCGGUUGCCGGACCAAUUGGGUUCAUCAGAUUUGCCAGGUCUGGUCAUCCGGUAGAUGAUGUGGCAUUCUGCACAAGACUCCUAGAAAAGAAGGGCGUACUCCUCGUGCCGGGGAGAAAAUGCUUCGGAGAUGGGAAGAAUUUCAGCGGCUACGUACGUCUUGGAUUUGGUGGGGAUCCGGAGGUUCUGAGGGCUGCGUUGGGUGCUUUGAGGGAGUUUAUGCGCGAGGAUUACGAAUCCUUGCCCCUGGCAGAUUGA